AUGUCGUACUUUAACGAGAAGCCGCCAGGCAUCUCGCGACACAACAUCGUGACCAAGCUUCAGAAGGGCAAGCUGCUCGUCGCCAUCAAUGCCAUCGCCUCCUUGUCCAUCUUCUUCUUCGGUUAUGACCAGGGUAUGAUGGGAGGCGUCAACAACGCCGAGGAUUACAUCAAGCGGAUGAAAUUCGGCUACACCGAGAUGAAAGACGGUAAACCGACCCCCGUAGUCACCGACUCGCUACUCCAGGGAGGCAUUGUGUCCGUCUACUACCUCGGCACGCUCGUGGGCUGCCUUGUAGGCGGGUGGCUGGCCGACAGGGCCGGUCGAAUUCGCGGAAUCGCCUUUGGCGCCUUUGUGGCGAUUAUUGGCGCUUCCCUCCAAUGCUCUGCGAUGAACCACAACUGGAUGAUAUGCGCAAGACUCAUCAACGGCUGGGGAACAGGCAUUCUCAACGCAAUUGUGCCAGUGUACUCGACAGAGACGGCUGAACACAAAAGUCGAGGGAUGUUCAUAGCGGUCGAGUUUAGCCUUAAUAUCUUCGGUGUUGUUGUGGCGUACUGGAUGGAAUACGGCCUUUCAUACAUCGACGGCGGGCGCAGCCCCUUCCGAUGGCGCUUCCCGAUCGCCUUCCAGAUCAUCCCCCUGAUCGUUUUGCUCGUUGCCAUUUGGUUCUUCCCUGAGUCGCCUCGCUGGCUCGCAAAGGUUGGACGCAACGACGAGGCGCAGUACGUCCUUGGCCGCUUGCGUGGUACCGACCCCGAGGGGCAGGUUGAGGCUAAGCUCGAGUAUGAGGAGAUCCAAGCUGUCAUCCGUGACGAGGCGCACAUUCCGACAUCUUACUUCGCCGUCUUUACCGGCAUCGGAUCCGGCGAUCUCCACCUCGGCCGCCGCUCUUUCCUGGUCAUUCUGCUGCAGAUCCUGCAGGAGUGGGUCGGAAUCGCGGGCGUCACUAUCUACGCGCCAACAAUCUUCCGACUCGCGGGCUUCGACAGUGACAAGGCACAGUGGAUCUCGGGCCUUAACAACAUCUUCUACAUGUUCUCGACGCUCAUCUGUGUCUUCACGCUGGACGUCAUCGGCCGUCGGUGGACGCUCUACUGGGGCGCGGUCAUGCAGGGCAUUCCGAUGUUCCUCUGCGGUGGACUCACCCGCUUGGGCAUCGACGCCGAUGCGCGUGGCGACAAGGCCAAGGCAGGCUCGUACGGUAUUGGUGCCGCGAGCAUGAUCUUCAUCUUUACGUCCGUCUUCGGUGCAACGUGGCUGACCGUACCGUGGCUGUAUCCCGCCGAGAUCUUCCCUCUCGCGGUGCGCGCGCAAGGUAACGCCAUGGGUGUCUUUGGCUGGUCGAUCGGCAACGGCUGGCUGUCGCUGCUCCUCCCCGUCUGCUUCGAGAAGAUCGGCGAGAAGACGUACUACCUUUUCGGUAUCGCCAACUUCAUCUCGAUCCCGAUCAUCUACUGCUUGUAUCCUGAGACCAACCAGCGCACGCUCGAGGAAAUCGAUCUCCUCUUCGCCGACCGCACGCCAUGGGUCUGGCGCGCCGAGAAGAACUUCAAGCGCCUUCAGGCCGAGCGCCCCGACAUCGCGCACGCCCUCCACGCCGGCAAGCGUGUCGACGUCGAGCAGGCCGAGAAGACUUCGGACGAGCUCCACGAGAAGCUCUAA